UCUAUAUACUUGGGUUAGGGUUUUUGCACUUACGUUUCAGGGUCAGGUUUAGAGAGAAAUUUGUAAGCAGACCCGGUACUAGCCAGCGGCUUCUUCAUACCGUCUCCUAAUCGUCACGGCAGCGGCUUGGCGGCUCUUCCCUUCAUCCAAGCGAAAAUUUCUUCCUCCUCUUCAGUAUUGUACUUCUCCCUUGUCUCUCUGAAAGUUGGAAGCAGAGGCAGCUUGUGGCCGUAGCCUUCUCAGUUCUUCACAGCAGCGGGGCUUCAUAUAUUCUUCGCAGCAACAGCUCAUAUAUUCCUCAAAAAACGGCUCCUCUUCUUCCCAGAAGCGGGUUUCUUUCUGCUGCUGUUACAUUUGUGGUUUUUGUGACCAGUGUGCUGUUUAUGUAUAUGUCUUUUAUUUCAUAAAUCAUGUUGAAAAUUAAAACUCCGAAAAGAGGCAGAGACAAGCGCGAGCUUGAAAAGCGUGCCCCGAAGCCCGUGGAAACAGGGAAGAAGACGCUGAUCCUUCAUGGCACAAAGACGAGCAGCACCUUGAAUGCCGUGUUGACAGAAAUUUAUAAUCUCAAGAAAGACAGUGCUGUGAAAUAUUCCCGGAAGAACGAGAACAUUAGACCGUUUGAAAGUGGGGGCGAGACUUCACUUGAGUUCUUCUCCCGCAAAACUGAUUGCAGCAUCUUCGUGUAUGGUUCACACUCAAAGAAACGGCCUGACAAUCUUGUAAUAGGCCGAACAUAUGACCAUCUCAUUUAUGACCUUGUUGAAGUUGGUGUGGAAAAUUUUAAAUCAAUGGUUUCGUUUGCAUAUGAUAAGAAAGUAGGUCCAAAAGUAGGAUCAAAGCCAUUCAUUGUUUUUAUUGGGGAAAAUUUUGAAAGCAUACAAGAGCUGAAACAUUUGAAAGAAGUUUUGCUUGAUCUAUUCCGGGGAGAGGUAGUUGAGAACUUAAAUCUUGCUGGCGUAGACCGAGCUUAUACAUGUACUGCAGUAUCUUCAAAUAGGGUGUUGUUUACUCACUGUGCACUGCGGCUUAAAAAGUCUGGUACUAUAGUCCCAAGAAUGGAACUUGUUGAGGUAGGCCCAUCUAUGGAUUUGGUUGUUCGUCGUCAUCGUCUUCCAAAUGAAAUACUAGUGAAGGAAGCCAUGAAGACAGUUAAAGAUCAAGCCAAAAAGAAGAUAAAAAAUGUUAGUCAGGAUCCAUUACAAGGGAGGAUUGGAAAGAUUUAUAUUCCCGAUCAGAAGGUUGGAGAAAUGGCACUACCUAACAAAGCAAAAGGUGUGAAGAGAGAGCGUCGUGAAGCUAAGAUGAAAAAUGACGGCAGAGAGCAACCAUCCAAAAAGCACAAGGAAGAAGAGUCUACAUGAUUCAUUGGCCUUCUGGAUUUCUGUUGUAUCCAACACCGCUAUCUUGCCUUGAUGUAAUUUUGGAAUUUGCCUUGGGGUUAAAAUGGAGAUGAAAUGCCAUGAUGGCGACACAGAUUUUUCGGUUGGGCAUGGUGAAAUGCUCGAUCCAUAGAAUUUUGCACACACUAAAAAUCCAAACUUAUCCUUUUAUCAUAAAUUAAACAAAUUGAGUUGCAUUCAGAAUGCAGGAAGUUUCUGUCCGGUAUCACUGGAUAAAUAUAUCCUGUUCUAUAAUAUUUAUAGGAAAAAAGUUGAAAGAGCCGAAGGAAAAGAGGAAUGUAGAGUUCAAUUGUCGUGUUUGGUCUUAAGAUUUACUUGUAAAAUGUAAGUUUGAGGUGCUUCUGUGCGGAUGGAAUUUAUUGCCUUUUUCUGCGCUAGAAAUGGCUUAUGAUGGGAUAUUAUCUUAACCCAGAUGAAAUAAAGCAAAGUGGAAGAUGUGAAGCGUAA